ACGCUAUUGCAGCCGGCUAAGGUCCUCUAAAAAGGAGAAACGAAGAACGCCAUGAAGUCUCCGCUUUUCAUUGCGACCCUCUGCGGUGCCCUUGCCCUCUCCUCCGCCACGUUUGGCCUUGGCUUCGGUGGUGGUCACGGUGGCUUCGGGGGUGGACACGGUGGCUUCGGUGGUGGACACGGUGGCUUCGGACAUGGUGGUCUUGGCCGUGGAGGUGGAUUCGGCGGAUUCGGCGGGCUGGGCCACGGUGGAGGAGGACUUGGAGGAGGAUUCGGCGGAUUGGGCCACGGCGGAGGAGGACUUGGAGGAGGAUACGGCGGAUUGGGCUACGGCGGCCUUGGCCGUGGAGGCGGCCUUGGCUACGGUGGAAUUGGCCGAGGACUAGGUGGCUUUGGCUAUGGUGGUCUCGGGGGAUUCGGCGGCGGCUACGGAGGCUCUUACGGUGGUUCCUACGGCGGGACUUACCACGGCACUUACGGUGGCAACUACGGUGGCGGUUACGGAGGAAUCGGCCAUGGAUUCUUUGGCUAAUUACCUUUCCUUAGCUCUCAUCGAUACAUUU